GGUGCUGCCGCCGCCGACUCGCCCCGCAGCGCGGCGGUGGGGGGCGGGGGCGGCGAAUCCCGCUCCAGCCACGAGGAUCCAGGGCGCGUUUUGCCGCCUGCCGGGAGGGCUCGGUGCGGUGAGCGCCCCGCCGAGCCGCCCCCUCCCCGCUCCCUCCCGGAGGGUCCGGCCAGGGGCGACGCGCGCCGCCGCCGCCGCCGAAAGCACGUUUCGCGGCCCGGGGCUCCCUCUCCCGCGCCUGGGCUCGUCGCGCCAUGGGAGCCGCCCGCCCGCGGGAGCCCGGGCCGUGAACCGCGCCUCGCCCCCCGCCGUUCCCUCUCCCCGUGCCCCCCCCCCCCCCCCCCGCUCCCUCCCCGAGCGCGGACAGUCGAGCCAUGCCAGCAUCGCCCCUUCCUGUGAGCUGUGGGCCGGCCGCGCCGCAGCCCUGAGUUAAUGUUGUAUCACCACAGAGAGCAGCAAUGGGAGUAUGCAGUUUUCUAGUGAAAAGUUUUCUCAAGAGCUCAUGAUUUUUUUCCAUCUCGCCUCUUAACAUUUCUACUAUUCCACAGACAUGGCUCACCAUGCGAGGCCUUCCAGACUAGUCAAAAAGGAAGAGUUAGGCAAAAAGAAAACUAACCAGAGCAAAAAGAAAUCUAGCCAAGUGAGAAAGAAAACCACAAAGACUUCUACAAAAGCUGUUAGUUCUGGAAAAGGCAAAAAGCCAGCACAAGAAAAAGAUGUUAAGAAAAAACAGCAAGAAAAGAAACCAAUCAUGAGCUCUUCAGGAAGACUUCUCAGGAGCAGUGUAACCAGAACUUUGUCUGGAGCAUCUUGGGUGAGUUUGGAGAAAGCUGACAAUAUCCUUUUUCAUAACCAGGAUUCUUUCAACAUCAAUGGCUUUACAAUGUCUCUCCGUAACCGAUCAUUCUCCCGUAGAUUGUCCCAAACUCCAACAAUUGCAAAACCCAAGAAAGCUGCAGCACAAAAAAGGCUAGAAACAAAGGAAAAACAUGAACAAGAAGCUCUGGCAGUAGCAGAAGAAAACAACAUUGAAGCAGGCAAAAGAGUUUUGAAACAAGAUUUAGGACAAAAUGAUUUAGCUCCUCUGCCUGUAGAAGGUGUACCAUGUAGUGCAGGUGAAGAACCUGCUACCACAUGUGCCAGUCAAAACAAAGAGGUAGAAAUACCUGAAACAAAUGACUCCAUUCCAAGCAGUCAGGUAACUGAUGAUGAUACAGAAGCAUCAGGGGUGAAAUAUAAGCAUGAAGACCUGCCCUGUGAGCAGACACCCAGCGAUCUCAAUACGGGUAGUUCAGCUGAAGCAUUUGCUGAAGAUGCUGCCCUUGUGCUUCCGUCUUCUCCUUCUGACUCUGUAAUCACCUCUGAAUCAAACUUGAAGGUGUGUGCAGAGACCCACUUUGAUCUGGUGCCUAACAGCAAAGAACCUGACUCCAGUUCUGUCGAUACCUCAGACCUCAGCUCAGCAGUACUGUUAGAAGAGUUGGUCCCACUUGCCAAAUCCCACAUUGAAGCAGAGUUGGACCAGGUGCUACCUAGCGAAGAGCAAGACUUGCAUUCUGCACCUAUAGUUACCUCUGAGUUUAACUCACAAGAAAAUCUAUUAGAAGAUGCAAGCUCACUUGCAGAGUCCUGCUUGAAGGCAGGCUGGGAUUUAGACUCUGAGAAUAAACAUGUAGGUUCAAAUUCCACCUCUGUAGCUGUUAUUGAAUCAAAUUCACUUUUACGUUUUGAAGCUGCAAGCUCACUUGCAGAAUCCCAUAUGAAACUGGAUGUGGAUUUUGUACCCUUUCACAAAGAACUUGACUCAAAUUUGGAUUUGAGCUGUACAAGAGAGAAUUCAGAAUCUGACUCAAAAAACAUAUUUACAGUAUGUGAACCAGUUUCCGAUACCUCUUUAAACAAUAUUGAAGUGGAGGACAUUGAACAGCUUGUUAAAUGUAUCGAUGCAGAGACAUUAAUUCUGAAUUCAGGUUAUGUCCCCACUUUAUCUCCAGAUUUAGAAAAAAGCACAGUCGAUAAAAUCUCUGGUGAAAGCUCUGGACAAUUCUCUGAAGGUUUUGUUUCAGAGUUGCCUUCAAGCAUGGAAAUCUCUGCUCUUGCCUCAGAAAAAGCCAUAAAUGCAGAUUUGCCAGCUGACUCAAGACUGCAGCAUAAUGAUUAUUCAUCACAGCUGGGAAGUGUUGGAGUAAGCUUGAAUUUGGUUCAGGACAACGUGAGCGACAGCACUGAAGCAGUUGGAGCCUCAGGGCCAUCCUCAGUUAAAAAUCCAGCUGGUGAUUACCCUGUUCCAUAUUCAUCUCUGCUCCCUAUGCUAGAGAAAAAGAAACGAAGGCGUUGUGGAGUCUGUGAGCCCUGUCUGCGGAAAACAAAUUGUGAAGAAUGCAGCUGUUGCAGGAAACGCAAAACUAGUCAUCGGAUAUGUAAAAAGAGAAAAUGUGAAGAACUGAAAAAGCCACCACCACCUAUCAUGCUACCUUUUGAGGUUCUAACUGAAAACAAAAGGCCUCAGAGGAGGAAGCAAAGAGUUUUAAAGGCAAAUUUAGAAAACAAACCAGUAAAUGGCCGCAGACCAGAACUCAUGGAAUGCAGUAUAUGUGGUCAUGGUGAAAAAUACAGGGUGAAAACAAACCAAACAGUACCCAUUGAAAAUGUGCAGUCUAAGGAGAAAGAAAGAAUGACAGGCUUAGAAGCAGAGAAGUGGGCACAUAAUGAGAAGCCAUCUUUUGGUGUCCAUGUCAAUGGAGAUAUCCAUGGAACUGUGACAGGCAACGAACACUUGAAAAAUGCUGAAGACAGUGAAAGAGCAGUCUCUCCCAGUCACUUAGCUGAGCCAAAAAAUUCAUUUGCACAGACCAUCAAAAAUGGCAUAAAACCCCUGCAUUAUUCAUCAUCAGAAGCAGUUGCUUCACUGAAAAAAGUAUCUUUAGAGGAAAGAACCGAUUUGACAAGCAACUCCCAUAUGCAAUGGACAAAGGAUACCAAUCUGAGUAACAUAGUAAACGCUCUGGUGACUGGUGUUGGCUGCGUUCACCCAGAAAAACAAGGAAAUGUUUUGGCGAAAGAGGAAAACUGCACUUGCGGCAUCUUUGAGGAUUAUGAUAAGUCAGUUUUGCAGACAGGUUCCAUUUCAGAUCUGCAAGAAAGCUUGUGUUGCUCUCAACUGCCUGAAGAGGAAGAGCAUGUAGGGAAGGAUGGCUUUAAAGUACCUAAUGCAGAGACACAGCAUGAGGAUUCUUUAUUCCAGCCGACUUUCUUGUCCCUGAUUAAAACUAGAAAUUUAACUGUAGAGCAGGUUGUAGCUAUUGAAGCUUUAACACAGUUAUCUGAAGUCCCUUUAGAAACAACUUCACCAGCUAAAACUGCAGGUACUGAACAUACAGAAGAAACAACUUCCAACUUGCUCCACAGUUAUAAAAGGGAUAUCUCCUCCUCCUUCACAUCUUCUGCAUUAAAAGAAAUCAAAGACACUUUCUUACAGAAUGAACAACAGCUCUUGGCUCACUGCACUCACUUGCAGAAGCCGCUCCCUAAUAAGGCAGUGUUAUACAAUGGCCAAAACUCAAUUUCUGAUUUGUGCGAAAAACCUGCCAAUCUGGCUGGAGAGAUGUAUAAAUUACAGUUAUCUUCAAGAGAUACCAAAACUUUAUCUGACUUAACACCCAAUGCAACAUCAUUUUCAGGAUAUACUACCAAGAAAAAUUAUACUCGUGAUCCAGUCACCCUUGCACGGUAUGGCAAUGCUUCACAUAAUGUCCAGCAAACAAGUAAUAACUUGGAAACUCUUGGCCAGUUAGAGCAAAAGUCAACUUGUAAUGAUUUGAACUUGGAACCUAGUUCUUUGAUUAAGGGAGGAAUUCACAGCCAGGAUGAAGAGGAUGUAGCUACACAACUAACUCAGCUUGCAGCACUAAUUGAAUCAAACCAGACAAAUCCUGAGCAGAAGAAUGACAUAAAGGCAUCACUGCUUAAUCUAAUAUCACAUGAGAGGCAGCCAAAAUAUGACCAAGAUGUGUUGCAGAAAAACGAAUCUGUAUUUUUUAAGCAUAAUCAUAGUUCCUUACUGUUAAAACAGAAGCAGCCAACAAAUAAAAAAGGAAAUGCUGUACCAUGGAAACCAAGACACAAAAAGAAGCCUCAAGAAGCACGCUAUCAACAAAAUAAUCGAAACCAGCUGCAGCUGUUGUCAUGCCAGCGUAGCGAGUUACAGGACAUUUGGAUAUCAUCAAAACUGCACAAGCUUGGUCAAACCAUGCCACAGGACUCCAGAAUGACUUCAUCUGAAAAAAAGUCCCCAAGAACCAAAGCACAGAGAGCACUGAAUCAAAAUACUUUAGCAUCACAAGAAAAAACUAGAUUAUUUCUCCCACAAACACAGAUAAAAUUCCAUAGAUGUUUACCUGAGGUACCUCAAGAGAAAAAAAAAGACAGGUUAUUUGGCUGCGAAGUGAUGAAUGAGCAAAUCAAAACUGCAGGUUCUGGUGAGCCACUUGGCAUUGAUCCUCUGAAAAUUGAAGUUGCACGUAACCAACAUAGUGACCUGUCCUCCCAUAAUGCUCUGACUGUUUCACAGUUGAAAGCAGCAUCCUUAUUGAACAGACCAAGUGAAAGCCUACAGAUGUUUACAGAAAAAUGCAAUUCUCAGGUACAGCAAACAGCGAAUGUCAGUCAGAUGCACCCUUUGCCUCAGACUUUUAAUCAAUCUAACCUGAGAGCUAAUGAAAUCCGUAGUGAAGACAAAACCUAUAUUCAGCAGGGUGCUGUCGAACAAGUAGAUCCAAAGUCGCAGGUGCUGCCUGUUUCCUGUGGUGGGGCCCAGGUACCGGGUUCUGUUGAAGCUCUCAGGAAUAUGGAGUGUGCGGGCGAAGUCACCGUUCUGACGUCAACCAGUUUGGGUACUGACCACCCGCAGAGCACAAGCGACUCAGGGUGCUCUCCAGCAAAAAACACACUCAGCAGUUUCCUUGAAUCACCUAUGAAGUUUCUUGAUACCCCUACAAAAAAUUUAAUAGAUACGCCUACAAAAAAAGGACAAUCUGAAUUGCCAACUUGUGACUGUGUUGAGCAAAUUAUAGAGAAAGAUGAAGGCCCAUAUUACACACACCUCGGGACAGGACCAAGUGUUGCUGCUGUGAGAGAAAUAAUGGAGAACAGGUAUGGAGCAAAAGGAAGCGCUGUAAGAAUAGAGGUAGUGGUUUAUACAGGAAAGGAAGGAAAAAGCUCUCAGGGGUGUCCAAUUGCCAAGUGGGUGAUACGAAGAAGUAGUGAUGAGGAAAAGUUGCUGUGCUUGGUACGUCAGCGUGCAGGACACCACUGUCAAACUGCUGUCAUCGUGAUUCUCAUACUGGCCUGGGAAGGGAUCCCUCAUCUCCUGGCUGAUACGCUGUACAAAGAACUGACACAGAGUCUCAGAAAAUAUGGCUGUCCCACCAGCCGUAGAUGUGCAUUAAAUGAAGAUCGUACUUGUGCAUGUCAAGGACUUGAUCCAGAAACUUGUGGAGCAUCAUUCUCAUUUGGCUGUUCAUGGAGCAUGUAUUUCAAUGGCUGUAAGUUUGCCAGAAGCAAAAACCCGAGGAAAUUUAGGCUUCUCACUGAUGACCCUAAGCAAGAGGAACUUCUUGAAAAUAAUUUGCAAACCUUAGCUACUGAUGUGGCUCCAGUUUAUAAAAAGCUUGCUCCUGAAGCCUUCCAGAACCAGGUGGAAAAUGAACACAUGGGCCCAGAUUGUCGGCUUGGAUCCAAGGACGGUAGGCCUUUCUCUGGGGUAACAGCUUGCAUAGAUUUCUGUGCCCAUGCCCACAAGGACACACAUAACAUGCACAAUGGAAGUACUGUGGUUUGUACAUUAACAAAGGAAGAUAACCGGAGAGUGGGGGUGAUUCCAAGUGAUGAACAGCUCCAUGUUUUACCUCUUUACAAAAUUUCACAAACAGACGAAUUUGGAACCGAAGAGGGACUGGAAGCCAAGAUAAAAGCCGGAGCCAUACAGGUGCUCACAGCUUUUCCCAGAGAAGUACGAAUGUUAGCUGAGCCACUCAGAGCUACAAAGAAAAAGAAACCAGACACAAGGAGGACCCUGACUGAAAAGCAGCCAUUAAUAGAUAAAAAAUACUCAACACCAGUAAAGCUGAAAACUGAAGCCCCAGAAAAUCUUGGCAACCCUUUGCAUGGUUUAGGGAACAAAACAGAUGCUUUAAAACCUGGAAUAAAAACGGAGACUUCUGAUCACCUCUACGCCAUGAAACAUACUUCAAACACUAGUAAAAAUUGCUCUCUAUUAAAACAGUAUACAGCUUCCUCCCCUUUCAAGGUGGAUAGUUUACAUCCUUAUUCAUCUUUAGCACAUAAGCCUGGCCUAACAGCAGUGACUAAUAUUCAACAAGAUUUUUCAGUUCCCUACGGGUAUUUUGAAUGCAGUAGCAAGCAACCUCACGUGACACCUUAUGUUAAUUGUAAGAACUUUGAUGUGUCGGUCAAAGAUUAUACUGGAAUUUUGCUGAAUGAUAAGAUGAAUGGUGUGCCACCGAUUCUUCCAGAGGUCACUGCUCCAGGCCCUCCAGCCCAUAAAGACCCCCUGCCCACUAUACUUGAACAUCAGCAGCCAGACAAACAGAAUUGUCAGCUUCAGUUAGACAAUUCUCCUUCUUCACAGAUGGUCAGCUCUUGUGAUUUGCCAGUACCGCUAAGCUCUCCAGAAAACAAUGCAGUCACAAACGAAGCUGACUGUUCCCAUGGAUGCCCAGUGGAAAAGGGCAGCUCCCAUCAAGAACAGGUGUGUGAUUUUAACUGUGUGGACGAAAAGCAAAGCAGUGCACUGGGACAACUGGCUGAUGCUGAGGAAAAAGCUGAGGAAAUGUGGUCAGACAGCGAGCACAAUUUUUUGGAUGAUGACAUUGGUGGGGUUGCUGUGGCACCUUCUCAUGGUUCUAUCUUAAUUGAAUGUGCAAGACGUGAGCUCCAUGCUACAACACCUAUUAAAAAACCCAACCGCAAUCAUCCCACAAGAAUUUCGUUAGUUUUCUACCAACACAAAAAUUUAAACGAGCCAAAACAUGGUUUAGCCAUGUGGGAAGCAAAGAUGGCUGAGAGGGCAAAAGAAAAAGAAAAAGAAGCGGAAAGAUCAGGAACGGAGAAUACCGAGCUAAAUUCUAGCAGCAGGAAAACAAAGCAAACAAGUGAAAACAGAGAUCUUUUUUAUGAAGACAAUGAGUUCAACCAAAUUCCAUCACGCAGAGCAUUAACAGUAACUAAGGAUAAAGUAAUAACAGUAUCUUCAUAUGCCCUUACACGAGUUGCAGGGCCUUACAACCAUUGGGCAUAGGUUUUAGUCUCAAAUGCCCCCUCUUGGUGCAGUGUUACACGGUGUUUCUUUAAGGUGCUGUUAAAGAACAAGUCUUGUGCCGUUUACUAUUUGCUCAUCUCAACCAUUUUAAGGCUGAGGUAAAAAAAAAAAAAAAGGAGGGUAUUUCUUCUUAAACUGUGACUAACAUUUGGUGGUGCUCAAGCACAUUUUAAGCAAAAAAACAAAAAAAAAGUUGUAUAGUUUUAAUACACUCUAAAAAAGAUUUUGUUUAGGUUGUUAACCUUGAUUGAAUCGUUCAGUUUAUUACCUUUAGGAAUUUAUAUUUUGGUGCUUUAAAUCAAGUCUGUUUACUACAAAAAUCAUUUAUAGAGAUUUUAACAGGUUCACAUUUUAUGGUGUUAAAUCAAGUUAUACAGUAAUAGCUCUACACAGCUCUUGGUGCUUAACCACAUCAAACAGUUAAACAUAAAUAAGCUGAAUUAUUACUUCAUGGUGCCAUUGCUUUAACAACUUCCAACCAUUGCUUUAUAGUCCAAAUUACAGAUAAAUCUUUUAGAAAACCAAUGAAUUUUUUUCUCUAGAUUUGUCAUUAUGUAUGAAAUGAAGUUAUUGGUAAUGAUGGCUGGAAGUUGUUUUUAAGCUGUAAAUAUAUAUUUUAAAAGCACUUUCUAUUUUUAAAAUUAACUUGAAAUAGUAUAGUAUAAGGAUCAUAUUGUCUAAGGUUUGUGCAUACUCUACAGAAGAAAUAAUUUUAUUCUUGCUGUGUAGAGUUCCAUAUUGUUACAGCUGCAGUAUGUAUGCUAAUAGCAUAUGUGAUUUUUAGACUUGCCCUUUUUCAUGGAAGAUUUUAUGUUGCAUAUAAACAGUUAUAAAAUACAGAACCAUUCUUUUCAAGAGAGUGUACAAAAAUGAAAUUAGGAAACGUCUUGUCAAUACGUGUGUUGCUGUUGGGAGCUAUGAACAUUAUUUGGGUUUUUAAAGGCAGCAUCUGUUAUGAUUUCUUUGAGCAAUAAGUGCAUAAGUCUCAUUCGUUUGGAGCAUUAUAAGUUAACACUACAACCAAAUGUUCCUAAUGCCUCAGGGGUAGGAUUGUUUUGGGAUAAAAAGAAAUACCCCCUAGAGUUGCCUUAUUCUAUUCUGGGAAAAAAAAAAAAAAAUUUGGGGAAAAUACAAAGGAAAUUUUGGAAAAGUAUGAAAUUUAUAACAUUUAGCAUCAAAUUUUUCAUUAAGAAUAACCUAUCUGUAAUAUUCACCAGCUUUCCAUGUUCAUUUUUUUUACAAAAAUGUUUUGUAGUUUUUUUAAGUGAUUUCUACAUUUCACGUAGAAAGGGUUGUCUUUUUCUUUCCAAACAUAUGAAAUUUAUGUUCUCAAUUUCUGCUGAAAAAGUGACAUAUCAUGAAAUGAGUAUUUGCUAAACCAGAGGAAAAACAGACACUCCAUUGCUUUUAAAUACUGUAGCAUCCCACUCUUCUUUCUGAUUCUCCUCUCCUAUGUAUUUUUUUUUUAAGCUUAUUUAUUUAAACAAAUUACCAAAUGGCAAUGUUAGCUAAGGACUGACCUCAUCCUGCAACUUCUUCCAUGAGAACAGCUCUGCGUAGCCAUACCUGCCCCGUCAGAGCCAAGAGGACUGCUCAAGCCAGGACUCCUCUUGUGACUCAGAGCUGCAGGAUCAGGCCCAGAGAUGAAGCUGUACCUUAAUUCUGCCUUGGAGUCCUCCCUGGCUGGGUAACCAGUAGUUGUAACAAGAUCAGAGUUUUCCAGUGAGAAAAUAUACUAAUAACAUACUUGAUAAUAUUACAACAUAGUGGUGCUGUAACAGAGAAAUAUGAACUAUCUAGAUCUGCUUUAUUUAAAACCUAGACAAGGUGCUUUUUCCUUGAAAGUUGAACUGUAAGCGCUAUGUUUACAGUUUUGGUACGAAAAGUACAUAAAUUGUAUUUUUAACACACAGUGCCAGUUAGGACCUUGGUGCUACAAAUACUUAAAUGCGGCUGUUGAUGAAUGAGACUAUUCUUCUGUAUAGAUAUAGACACAUGUGUAGUGUUUGCAGGAGCAAGGUCUGAAGUAGCAAUCACUAUGUAAUGACCUUGGGUUCAAUUCUACAGAUGCCUGUCAAAAUUAACAAAAAUGUUGGUGUCAGAAGGUGGACGAGUUGAACCCAUUCUUUGUAUCUUACCUAUUUUAAGUAAAAUUUGUGAAAACUGGGUAUGCUGCAAAUUUUAGUUCAAAGCUUAAUAUUACUUCAAAUAGAGGAUAUGAAGGGAUUGUAAAUAAUAAUAAAACAAAACCAAUAUUAUGCCAUCGUUUUGUACCAGCAGUUUUAUGCUUAUUGACUAUGUAAUAUACAGUACACAUCAAAUCAUUAUGGUAUUUUGUGUGCCUUAGAUUUCCAUUUUAAAACUUGUAUAUUUUUGGUGAGCCGAAGAUUAGUAAGAAUUCCAGCUGUCCAUACAGUAGUACUGUACGUUCUCUAGCUGUUCCAUUUUUGUAUUUGCUAUCUGAAAACCCCUGUUCAACACCACAAGCGAUCAUUUACAGAAAAGAUGAGUUUAUUGGUUUCACUGGUAGUGCUGAUAGCAUUAGUUUCUAUGUUGCAAAUUGAACAAAAAAAAAGUUAUUCAGUGCUCUCAUGUGAAUAACAUUUUUUUACACAACAUUAGUAAGUUACAGAGCCAUCUCUUUACCUUUUAAAAUGCUCAGAUCAUUAAAGCAGAUCAUUUUCACUUAAAUCUUCCGCUAUAAAUGCCCAUGCUUAACUUAUGUAUGAUUGGAAACUUCAAGAUAGAAAUGUUCCAGUGAAAAACCAGCAGCUUCCCUCAAAGAAGUGAGAAACUGAAAGGUGGAUCUGAAAGGAUACCGCCAAACAUAGCCUCUGGCAAGUCACUGCUCAAGCGACUGCACCAACAGACUUUCAGUAAAUCCACGUCUACCUGUUUUGAAAUGACAAUUUUAACAGAGAACAGUGUAUCUUAACAUCCUAGUUAAUGCUGUUAACUGAUAGGUGCUAAAACUUGCAGUUACUGCUUUAUUAAGGUUACUUACAUGAGAAAAAUAUAUCUAUACAAUAAAAUAUCAUUCGCGGUGCUCUUUCCUUGACUGUCUACCACGUAACUACUUUUUCAGCAUGUACCUAGCAGGCAGGUUAGCUGGCCACUUUUCUUUCCUGCUGUGGCACACAGCGGGUUGCAAUUCGAGAAGCUACUAUUUUCUAUUGCUGUACUGCGGUAUAGAAAAUGCAACUAUUUACUGUUUUGACAACUGUGUGCUAUUUAUUGUAACAUUUCAGAGUAUUUAUCAGUCUUGUACACAAAUUAUAUUGUUUUGAGUAAGGUUAUAAUUUUAUAACAGCAUUUGUCUCUUAAAAUGUGCGAAUCUGUGGGUCUAAUGCUUUCUUUUUCAGACCACACAACCACUUGCAAUUUGCUUUUUCUCUUUAACAAAGUCCUUCUAGGAUGGCCACAUCAGGAGCUGCAUCUAAAAUUGAGGUAACUGGCUAGGUCAGACCUGCAUCUUUUACUUGGUUUCCAACAGCUGGCACUAUGCUCUGGGUGAAAAAACAGAAAAUGGAUUCAUGCACGGGCUGGUGGUGGGAUGUGGUUGUCUUUUGAUCCUUUUUCACAGUACAAUAGCAAAAACUGUUGUGAUCCAACAUGGGACGCCUCUGACUUCCCAGAAGAAAUGUCUCUCAUCCCCUUCUCCACUGGGUCCAGUAACAGCACUCCACCUUUGCUCUGGAAGGAAAGAGUAGUGGUUUCUGCAGGAGCCGGUUCUGUUUGACUCCCCAAGUCCCUGUUGGAGUUACUGCAGUCAUGCCCAUUUAAAUACUGAGUUUUACUCAUGCAGUUUCUCUGCGCUUACUGGUUGUAACAUGCUAUUGUAUUACAGAAAAUAGAAAAAAAUCUAUAAAUAUUUUAGUCACAAGAUCCAGAAAGCUUUUUAAGAACUUGGCUUUCUACCUGUAACAGUUGUAUUCAGAUUUUUUUUUUAAGGACUUUCUAAGCUAACUUUUACUUAAGAAUAACUGCUGUUAAAAGUCCUAACCUUACCUAUGACAGUGCUUCUCUAUACUUAGAACAGGAAAUAACUGUAGUAUUGUAAGCAACAUUUUAUGUUAAGCAUGGGUAAAUGACAACUUCUGUAGUACUUAAGAUUAUUUGUAACAUACAACUGUUUGGGUUUUUUUAAAGACAUUUUUAAUAUCAUUGCAGUAUUACGCUAAAUUUGGUGGGUUAAACUUGGGUCCUGUUUAUGUUGCUGCAGCCCCACUGACUGCAAUGUGCUCAUUCAUCAAGCUUUUAUGCAAUUUUCGUAUUUAACUGGAUGGAUAACAGUUGACCAAAGUCUGUGCUGACUCGGACCCUUGCAAUCCUACCACAAUAAACAGGUUUCGCAAGGACAGGUGGAGAGAGA